AUAUACGUACUAUACAGUAUUGUGACUCUCAUCAGUGGCUGCUGAUGGUCAUGUAACACACAGUACACACACAUUCCGCGUUUUGCGUUUUUUUUCCACCUCAGCGUUUAUUUCAAAGCUUCGCUGAGACUCUAAACUAGUAUUCCAGCGAACUUAAUACAUUUAUAGCUACUAUUAUCCUACUAAUGCAGUGCCCUCAACAUGUACCUGCACAAAAUCCGAACCAGCAGCAGCCAUGCCUGUGUCUGGACCACAUGCACCGGUCGCGGCAGUCGCAUUUUCACGAUGCCCGAAAUUUCUAUAUAAGGAAUACAAAAACUCAAAACAUUACCGGUCGUCGACCACAUUGCAAGUUUCCGCACACAUUUACAUAAUUAGCAUCCUUAUGAUACCAUCCCUUUAUCUCAUUUCGCACUGGAUGGUGGUAUACAUAUAUAGUGCGAAUGUAAUUGUCAUACUCAUCUACCAAGAAGUUAUCCACACCCAAUUCUCUACCAAUAUGACUACAGUCCCAGAUGAUCCGGCUUUGUGGCCGACGAUUAAUGCAAAUCGUAUUUUUAGCUAUUUUACAGUUGCCGCCUUCGUUGUAGUGACAUAUGAUUGGGCACUUACACUUGGACAAGAGGUGGAACUGAUUUGGGUGAGUGGAGUCUGGUGUCAGAGGAACACACGAAAAUACAUUUGAUUCUAGAGACAACCCUGGUCCUUAAUGACAGUUCUGUAUCUCGGUGCAUGUACCUUAUUUGUUAUUAUUGUCAUGUCGUGCUGAC